GAAGUUGAGUACAAAAUCAUCUCUGUAAUGAAGAAUGAGUUAAACAGUUUGAAGAAAAUGUUAAAUCCAGAUUACCCAGAAUCUUCUGAGAGAAAGGAGGAGGAUGAUGAUAAGAGUCAUAGCAGAUUUAGAGAGGCGUUUCUUAAGAUCACACUGCACAUCCUGAGGAAGAUGAAGCAGACAGACCUCGCAAACACACUACAGACCAAACUGAUGCCCACAUAUCAACAAAAGCUCAAAUCCAGACUAAAGGAGAAGUUUCAGAGAAUUAAUGAAGGUAUCUCUAGUCAUGGGGACUCAACACAUUUGAAUAAGAUCUACACAGAACUUUACAUCACAGAGGGAGGGAGUGGAGAGAUUAAUACUGAACAUGAAGUGAGACAGAUUGAGACAUCAUCCAGGAGACCAGAGACAGAGGAGAGACCGAUCAAAUGCACUAAUAUAUUUAAAGCGUUACCUGGGCAAGACAAAGCCAUAAGAACUGUGCUGACUAAAGGAGUUGCUGGAAUUGGAAAAACCGUCUCUGUACAGAAGUUCAUUCUGGACUGGAGUGACGGUAAAGAAAAUCAGGACAUUCAUUUCGUAUUUCCAUUUACUUUCAGAGAGCUGAAUUUGAUUGAUAAAAAUCUCAGUCUUAUGGAACUUAUGAAUCACCUUUACAUAGAAACAAAACAACUAAAAUCAAGAGAUUUUGACGACUAUAAAGUAAUGUUUAUAUUUGAUGGUCUGGAUGAGUGUCGGCUACAUCUGAAUUUCCACAACAAUCCGACUUUGUCUGAUGUAACCCAAUCAACCUCAUUGGAUGUUCUGGUGACAAACCUCAUCAAGGGGAAUCUACUUCCUUCUGCACUGAUCUGGAUAACCUCACGACCAGCAGCAGCCAAUCAGAUCCCUCCCGAGUGUGUCGACCAAGUCACGGAGGUACGAGGAUUCAAUGACCCUCAGAAGGAAGAAUAUUUCCGAAAAAGAAUAUGUGAUAAGAUCCUGUCUGAUAAAAUCAUCAGACACAUCCGAUUAUCAAGAAGUCUGUACAUCAUGUGUCACAUCCCGGUCUUCUGCUGGAUUUCAGCCACUGUUCUAGAGAGAAUGUUGAGUGAAGCAGAGAAUAAAGUAGAGAUCCCCAAGACUCUCACUCAAAUGUUCACACACUUCCUAAUCUAUCAGACCAAACUGAAGAGUCAGAAGUAUGAUGGAAAACAUGAAAUUGAUCGUGAUCAGGCUAGAAAGAGCAUUUUGUCACUAGGAAAGCUGGCUUAUGAGCAGUUGGAGAAAGGGAAUCUGAUCUUCUAUGAGGAGGACCUAAAAGAGUGUGGCAUUGAUGUGAGAGAAAUGUCAGUGUAUUCCGGAGUUUGUACUCAGGUCUUCAGAGAGGAGCAUGGACUUCACCUGGGGAAAGUGUUCAGUUUUGUACAUCUGAGCAUUCAGGAGUUUCUGGCUGCUUUAUUUAAGAUGUUGUGCUUCUUUGAAACUUUAAAACAAACCUCAGGACUCUGGAAUAUGUCCAGGACAAAUUUGACAGAUUUACUGAAGCAUGAAGUGGACAAGUCUUUACAGAGUGAGAACGGACAAUGGGACCUUUUCCUCCGAUUCCUUCUGGGUCUCACACUGAAAUCUAACCAGAUUCUAUUACAAGGCCUCCUGAAAAAGACAGUAAACAGCUCUCAAAGCAUUAAGGACACAACUGCUUACAUUAAAGAGAAGAUCAGGGAGAAUCAAUCUCCAGAGAAAUCCAUCAAUUUGUUUCAUUGUCUGAAUGAACUGAACGAUCAGUCUCUAGUGCAGGACAUCCAGUCAUAUCUGAGCAGAAGACGUGGGAGUCGUCUCUUUGGAGUCAAACUGUCUCCUGCUCAGUGGUCGGCCCUGGUGUUUGUGUUGCUGAACUCGGAAAAGGAGCUGGAUGAAUUUAAAUUGAGUAAAUAUGAUCCAUCAGAAGAAUGUCUUCUGAGACUGCUGCCAGUGGUCAAAGCAUCCAAAAAAGCUGACUUUUCCAGUUGUGAUAUUACAAACAAAGGUUGUGCUACUCUGGCUUCAGUUCUGAGAUCAAACCCCUCACACCUAACGGAACUCAAUUUGUCUGUGAAUAAUCUUGGAGAUUCAGGAGUAAAGCUGCUCUCUACUGCACUGGAGGAGUCACACUGUAAACUAGAGAAAUUACAGCUUUUCAGCUGUGGUAUUACAGAUGAAGGUUGUGCUGCUCUGGCUUCAGCUCUGAGAUCAAACCCCUCACAUCUAAGGGAACUUGAUCUAUCCAAGAAUACACCAGGAGAUUCAGGAGUGAAUCUGCUCUCUGGUCUACUGAAGAACCCUCUCUGUAAACUGGAGAAACUAGAUCUGGGCUACUGCAGUAUUACAGAUAAAGGUUGUGCUGCUCUGGCUUCAGCUUUAAGAUCAAACCCAUCACACCUGAGACAACUGAAUCUGAACUAUAAUAAACUAGGAGAUUCAGGAGUUAAGCUGAUCGCUGCUGGACUGGAAAAUCCUCACUGUAAACUAGAGAAACUAGAUCUGGAGUUCUGCAGUAUUAGAGAUGAAGGUUGUGUUGCUCUGACUUCAGCUCUGAGAUCAAACCCAUCACACCUGAGACAACUGAAUUUGUCUGAUAAUAAACUAAGAGAUUCGGGAGUGAAGCUGAUCUCUGAUGUACUGAAGAAUCCUGAAUGUAAACUGGAGAAAUUACAGCUUUACAGCUGUGGGGUUACAGAUGAAGGUUGUGUUGCUUUGGCUACAGCUCUGAGAUCAAACCCCUCACAUCUGACAGACCUGAAUCUCAGCUUUAAUAAAUUAGGAGAUUCAGAAGUAAAGCUGCUCUCUGCUCUACAAAGGGAUCCAAAAUGUAAACUGGAGACAUUGAGGAUUUGAUGAUCAGAUAUUCAUGGUGGCAACUCUGAAAACUGGUAAAUCAAAACAACUGCUGCAUGUCCUGAACAUAGACUGUAAAAAAGAUGGACGACACAUCUCCAAAGACUUCCAUUUUAAAAAAGUAAUGCCAAAAUAUCUCAAAAAAGCUGCUGACAUCUUGAUCCGAUGAAGUCAUUUAGAGCCAGAGUCUGUGCAGUAGUGAUUAUGAGGUGGAGCCACUGUAUCAAGGCCUAGUUCAUUUACCCAUUUAACUCAAUCACAAACACACAAAUCAAGUCGUUUUUUAUAGAGGAUUGUAAGUGCAAAACAAAUGUUGGUUCAUUUAUAUUUAUUUAUUCAAGUGCAAAUAGUUUCCCUUGUUGGCAAAUGCUACAGAUACCAAUGUAUGAUGAUUAAAAAAUACACAUUUUCAAUGGCACAUUCGAUUAAAAAGAAUGAACAUCUAUAAAAUGUAUUCCCUAUAUAGCGAAUGCUAAAUUGUCCAUUAUAUAGGGAAGGAGUCAAUGAAAAUAAGUUAGCAACAGGCCUAUAGAAAACUGAUGUACAGUAAAUAUCAUGCGUCCGAGAGUGCUGUCACAGUUAUUCGUCAUAAACAUAAUGAUUAGCGUUAUGGAUUGUACUGUGAAAUCAUAAAGGUAAUUUUCUUACUUUUUGUCACAUUUGUCAUGGUUAUUGUAUUAGUUGAUAAUA